AUGAACUACACCAGUACAGAAGGGCUAGAGUUUGGAAAUAGCAACACUCGCUUAGACCCAGCUGUAUCAGCUGUACUACCUAGCGACUGUCAAGUAAUUUCAACGAAAGAGCACGGCGUCAGCUUCUUUACGGAAACAGGGCGCAGAGAUAUCCGAUCUACAGAUGGCGAGCUCAUAUCCUUCUUCAUAAAAGUCGUGUCAGGCAACGUAGGCCGCAACAUGACGCGAAGCGAAUUCGAGUCUAUGAGCUCAUUACACGAUGUUCAGCCUAGCUUUACUCUAAAACCUAUUGCGUGUGGCACUGAGACGAUGCCUAAUCUAAGUAGCUUCUGUGCUCGUCUGGUGGCUUUACAUCAGAACAGAAAGUCGCCUAAUGGGAAAUUCGGAUAUCGCAGCCCAACAUACAGCGGAAAUCUUCCUCAGAUGAUCGAGUGGGAACCCAGUUGGGAGCGGUUCUUCGCUAGAAAUCUCCGAUUUGCUUCUGAUUUAGAGCUUAAAGCAAGGGGUCCGGAUCCUAAAUUUGAGAUCUUAUUGCCGGUUUUGUUUGAUAGGAGCGACGGUCGAUCGGUUAAACCGAGUCUCGUGCAUGGCGAUAUUUGGCACGCUAACUCGGGAUACGAACUCGGUCAGUGGCGCCCGGCGUGCUAUCGUUCCGGGGUAGAGAAUCUAAAUGCAUAUCACAAGCACGUUCCGAAAUCGGCGCCUGAGGAAGACUACGAUGGUCGACUUGACUUGAGAUUCAAUACGCAUGUCUCUGCUCUGUUCCCUGAAAACCCGGCGUUGAGAGAGCAGCAAGAUACUCCCGGUCCCUUGAUACUUAGAGAUAUCAGAGAUUUGGUCCGAAGAUACGGGAAUCUGAAGCUAGGUGACGCGGGGUAUGAUUAA